AUGGCGGGUGUAACGGAUGAGCAAAGGAAAUCAUGGCCAACGCCCAACUAUGACACGCCCGAGAAUCACGAUGGGCUGAUUAUCGGAAUCACCGUACCGUUGCUUGCUCUAGCCAUCAUCUUAUUCCCGAUGAUAGGUAUCAAAUUCGGCUUGGGACUGCACAUAUGGGAUCAGAAGCCUGAGUGGUAUACGCCUUAUUGGAAGAUGGGCUAUGCCGCAGACUUGCUCUUCCCAGCAGCAUGUUCUUUGACCAAGAUAUCCCUGUGUGUAACGUACCUUCGACUGUUCCCUGGUAACACUAGCAAGGUGUUCUGCUACGUCCUGGGGACAUUUGUCGUAUUGUUCUCUCUUGCAAGCUUCUUCCUGUCAUUGUUUCAAUGCCGGCCGAUCAGAGGAUAUUGGGACCCCAGCAUUACGCAGCAGUGUAUCAACAUGCGGGCUGCGCUUGUCGCUAUCGCUGCGCUCAACUCUCUCAGCGACUUUUUAAUCUACCUAUACCCUGCAAAGCCACUUUGGAGUCUACACCUACCUAUCAAGCAACGACUGGGACUCAUUUGCCUCUUCUCGAUAGGAUUAUUCGUCUGUAUUGCAGGCGUUCUGAGGAUGUACUAUCUCGAGAAGUUUUUCACCUCUUUCGAUCCUCGCUGGAACGGCGUUCCAGUCUGGCUCUGCAUGGUACUCGAGAUGAACAUCGGCAUCAUCUGCGCUUGUCUUUCAGGCGUAAAGCCCGUCCUCGCAACCUUGCUCCCAAUUCUCUUUGGUACAUCCUACAGAACACGAAGUGGCAAUACACGGCCAAAAUGUGGCAACCAGAGCAGGAAGACAACACGGAAUGACUCGUUCACAUUCGACACGCUUCCCUACGCACACGGCAAACACAACGCUCACAACAGGAACCAAUCACACGCAUGCUCGAUCGAAGCGAUCAUCGCUGGAGACGACGGGGGAAGGCGAAAUUUCGCGUGGGCGAGCGCAAAUGGGAAUACGGAGGCCAAUAUUGAUAUUCCAUCGAAUGCGAUCGGGGUCAGUCAAGAGGUGUCUGUCGAGGAAGAAGACGUGGUUACCAUGGCACCUGGAGGCGAGGGGCAGAAGCAGUUGUCGGAUGCGGGUAGCGAGGAAUGGAUUAUGGACGCUGGGCCCACGCAAUGCAAAGUAUAA